CUUUUUGAAACAUCCUUCUAAAUUGUCUUUGCAUUUCUACUGCAUUUUCAUGCUACCAGUAAAAUUUUAGAAUGAAUUUUCUUUCUUCGAAGUUUAGUCUGGCUGCCAUCAUUUGGAUCGAUGUGUUUAAUCUGCAAAGAAAAAACAAACUUUUGAGUUAUCAGCUGCUAAAAAGGUGUAUAAAUCUUUUUGGGACACCCUGUAUGUACACUGUAUUUGUGGCGAGUACAUAAUACACUUGACACCUUGCACUAAUUGUAAAAACGUGUCUAUGUAUUGCCGUCGAGCUAUUUCACGACUAACCAAUGUCGAGUAUGGCUGUUUGAUCGGAUGAAUCCAUCCGAUGGCUCUCGUUCUCUCUAGGAAUGCCAUGAGUAGGAUGCACACAUUCCUCAUUUGGAUGACAUGCCUACUCCUUUGUUUGACUCCGUCGUGCACGUUUGAGGAGAAGGGUGGGAUUGUUAUCGCCGUGACAACCUCUGCCCGGCGUUCCACUGUCUGAAUGGGCCUUUGUGUGUGUGUGACAGCGAAAGCAACAAUGGCCACCAUUUAGGCGGGGUGGACAGCGGGUCAGAAAUAAGGCCCGGGCGGGCAGAGGAGGACUGCCAUUAUCGAGCUUGGACAGAGAUGGAUCUGUGACACCGAGCGACAGCACGCACCGUGACCUAAAAUGCGAGCGUCGGGCGGGGCUGGCGAUAAGGCUGACCACCGCGACAGUGCUCCUUUCUGCAUCUUACAGAGAUGUGGUUGUGUGCCAUUGGGCCAAGGAAUGCUGGCGGGUGGGGGACGGGGUGGGCUUAUGUAAUUCGGCGUUGGGUGUCUUGGAGCCGCACGCCGAGCUGGCGCCUCAGAUGACGCACGAGCAAGCAACUGACGAGCAACGGCCUCCCUAAAGAAUUCAGGUCCCAGAUCUGGGCGUGCGUGGAGGAUGUCCCGACAGCCGGAGAACCUCCAGAGCGGGAUUGGGUGUUUGUGCGGCUGGCAUGUUUGGGGGGGCGGCGGCCGGAGCGGCGGCCGGAGCGGUUGCCGGAGCGGUUGCCGGAGCGGCGGCCGGAGCGGUGACUGCCACCUUCUCACGAUUCCGAGCGGGACUUGAUCCUCAGAGUGGCGGGCUGCUCCGCCUCUCCGCUCCAGCGACUGGCCUUGUUUUGGGAAUAUGAGGAUCUAGCCAGUCCAGCAUCUCAAAUCGUCAGACCUCGACCGCCAUAGUUUGCUCUAUCUCAAGGAGAUUGGCAACGGCUGGUUCGGCAAGGUGUUGCUCGGGGAGGUCAACGCGGGUCUCAGCACCACCCGGGUGGUGGUGAAGGAGCUGAAGGCCAGCGCAAGUGUCUGGGACCAGAUGCAGUUCCUGGAGGAGGUCCAGCCAUAUCGGACCUUGCAGCACGCCGCCCUCCUGCAAUGCCUGGCCCAGUGCUCGGAGGUCACGCCUCAUCUGCUGCUCAUGGAGUUUUGCCCUUUGGGUGACCUGAAAAGCUAUCUCCGCAGUCGCCGCCUGUCGGAUUCGGACAGUCCCGACCCGCUCGUCCUCCAGCGAAUGGCACGUGAUGUGGCUUCGGGGCUUUUGCACCUCCACGACAAUGACUUCAUUCACAGUGACCUCGCCCUGCGGAACUGCCAGCUCACAUCAGAAAUGUCCGUGAAAAUUGGGGACUACGGCCUCGGUCACAGUCUCUUUAAGGAGGACUAUUACGUGACGCAAGAUCAGAUUUGGGUGCCUCUGCGCUGGAUGGCGCCAGAGCUCAUAGACCAAGUCCACGGAAACGUCUUGGUCGUUGACCAGACUAAGGCAAGCAACAUAUGGUCGUUGGGGGUCACUGUGUGGGAGUUGUUUGAGCUCGGAGAUCAGCCGUAUCGAUGGUACUCUGACAGACAGGUGCUGAUGUACGCCGUGCGAGAACAGCAGCUUAGACUGCCCAAACCGCACCUCAACUUUUCCCUGGCAGAGCGCUGGUAUGAGGUCAUGCAGUUCUGCUGGCUGCAGCCCGACCUGAGACCGAGGAGCGAGGAAGUUCACCUCCUGCUCACACACUUGUGUGCGAAAGGCUCCAGUGAGGCAGGGGAGGAUUUCCAAGAACGCCGAAAUGCCUUGAGACCAAAAUUGCUUGGCACCCCCUCCCCAGUGGCCGCACCUGCGCCCCUUGACCUCACCGCCCCGAGUCGGGCAGCGGAGCUGACCUCGUCAUCCUUCCCCCUGCUGGGGCGCUUCUCUGAGAGCUUUCACUCGGAUGCGGGGGAUGACUUGCUGACAGUCACCGAGACAAGUCACGGUCUCAACUUUGAGUACAAGUGGGACCAGGCCCGAGCCGAGCAGCCGCACUGCUCGUCGUUCACCGGCGGCCUGCUGGGCCAGGUGAAGCCGCAUUCGCAGGAUGUCUACUAUUCAAGCGAGGAAAGCGCCUCAGGUGGAUGCAGGCAUGAGGCCUCUUUACUCUACAAUGAGCCUGAGCAUGCAGGUGUGGUCCCUGUGCCGAGUGCCCGCAGCCCCUCGGUCCGCAGCGACUACUACAUUCGGAUUGAGGACACAGCGGAAUAUCGCAUUCACGUGGACGACAAUCCUGCGCUGAAAGCCGGUGGCACUCGGUCGUAUCCUCAAAGUCAGACGGCUUCAACCGCCGCACAACCGAAUGCUUACCAGUCAACGGCAGCUGGGCUCCGAUCGAUCGCCUCCGAUUGCGGGUCAGGCUCCGCUGUACAGCCAACCGCCGAGCCACUGCUUCGACAGGCAUCCGGUCCGGCGAUGUUUUGCCACUCCCAUAGAGACUCCUCUUCCUUUCGAGCUACUCCGUCGGAUUCAGAACACGCCAAUAUCUGUGAUCCGCUGGCAUCGUCAGAAAAUAAGCAGAGUCAGACGCGAGCAGCGAGCGGGCUGAGCUCAGGCUUGUGUGAUCCCUAUCUAACAGACGAAAGCAGAUGCCGUACAACGAUGGGACCCGUUGGACAGACUCGACUCAUUGUUGGUCCAGAUGUUAAAAGAGGCGCCGGCCCGCUGGGGGGUCAUCGGAGGAGUGGGGACAGUGACAAGUCCACUUUCCCUGAGGAAGAAGCCACAAGCUGGACCUCCAACCAUUCUGCCAAGAAUAAUACCCCACACCAUUAUAACGCCACAGAAGUGUGGUCUUUAACCAAAGACACCACCAAAACCUUCCGGAGUUGCAGGACUUUUCCAGAGGAGACGGAGCGAGGGCAAUCUCCCUGGAGCGCUGCCAACAAACUCAAAGAACGAGACAGUAGGGCCGGUCCACAGGAAAACAACCUGGCUAAUACAAGUCAGAGUGCCCCAGAAAAUGAAACACCGCAGUUGUUACAGAACGGAGAGAGAUUGCACUCCAGGCCCAACAUAAGACCCGAUGCCACCUACGUCGAGUCCCCUUCAUCCUUUAAGGAAUGUCAUAGCUGGAUUCAAGCUCCAGAGAAGCCGAGGGCUAACAAUCGGGAGGCGGAUUCAACACCAGUCUCUGUUCUUACUUGUUUAUCCUUCAAUGGAAGCAGAGAAUUGACAAGUGGACCUGGGCUCAGAGACUCUCGCGCUAGCCUCGUGGAGCUCGCAGACUACAGUGACGAAGAUGAUGACUUUGCAGACAUCACAUCAAGCAUCUUUACAGACUUCAACCUUGACUAUGGUGACAUGCAGGAGGAAGAACUAAGCCCGCUUAAGAACCCGGAGGGAACUCCCGACUCUGUAGACACCACAAAACUCUCGUGGUCAGUGGCAAGCACCUGCAAUGGAGCCUUCAGCCCAGACUCGCUCAGCACUCCUGCCCAGCCCAAGUCCCUGGACAGUGGCUACGACACAGAAAAUAAUGGGUCUCCAGAGUUCAUAUUUAAUGAGCUUUUAGGGCCACAAACAAGUGCAAGUGGACUCAUUGUGCAAGUGCGUGCGCAGCAAAAUCUCGGCGGCACCUCAGAGGUCCACUACAAGUACAUCAUUGAUAAAAACACAUACCGGGACUCUGCCUAUUUCUCUGACUAUGAUACUGAAAUCGACAAAAGCCCGAAGGAGGAAGGCGCAAAAUUCUUUGCCGAUCCAAGUAAAUGCCACUUGGACGGUGGGAAACUGAGCUCUUCUAGAGAUCCAGUGAAAAGGGAGGAGUUGAAUCAAAAACCCAGCUGCAUUUCGGCAAGAGCCUCCGAGCCAAGCUCUCCCCAUUCUUUUUGCACACCUGCAAUGUCCACCUUGUCACCCUUGCCUGUGCAGAUGGGCGGGUGCCUGACCAAAGAGGCGGCCGCAGACCAUGACCAGCUGGACUUGGACAGAGAGUACCAAGAGGAGCCCUGCUCGGAGCUCAGCUCCUCUGUUGACUCGGGAGCCUUGCCCGUCAAGGAGACUUCAACAAAUGACCAGGACGGAGGUGACGGGUCCCAAGACUGUUGCCACGGACAGAUUUUAUGCACAAACUCCACUGCAUCUGAUCGCCGCGACGAGCAACCCAAAGAGAAGCAAAGCGCAGAUCAAUCCAUGGAGGAGGAAGAGCUGCCAGAAUUCAUGGAAGCACUGGCGGACAGAGGGAUGAACGAGGAAGACUUUGAGGACAUUGAUGCGGAGGAAUGGGACUCGCAGGACAGCUCAUGCCAAGCAUCAAAUGAAGCCUUAUUUGAGGCGUCGGCGGCACAGUUUGAUGCUUUAAGAGCCCCGCUGGAGGAGGCCGAAGACGACUCGGACGACAGCGAGUUGGAUGAAGAGUUGCGGACCUACAGCAUCCAGGAGGAGGAUGGCGAGGGAAGCCACGAGGAUCUGAGCGCAGUGCGGGUGGUGGUGAGUGACAGCAGGGAGGCGAGGCAUCUCCGCAGUCUCCUAAAAACGCCAACGCUCCUUACUCAGUCCCUCUGUGAGGAGGUAGAGAGAAAGAAAAAGACAGUGUCCUUCUUCGAUGAUGUCACCGUGUUCCUCUUUGACCAGGAGAGCCCAACUGGGGAUCUGGUCGACGACAACUUCUCCACCGAAGACGGAUACAGUGGGAAUGGGACGAAAGAUGACGUCACCUCUAACCUGGAUGAAAACAUGUCAAACGUGGAUGAAAACAAACUUGAAGCUUGUGAGGAAACAGACGGAGACAGGGCAGAGCACGCUUUGAAGUGGGAGGGGAAUGUGGCACUUGAGCCUUGCCAACGUAGGCCCGACACAGCAGCACUCGCUUCCCCUUCAAACGAGGUGGCAAAAAGUGUGGCGCUCGAUCGGUUCCUGGCCUCCAGCAAAUUCUCCAUCUCGCAGGUGUCAGAUGCGAGGGAAGUUUUCAUGCCGUGCUAUCGUCAUACUGUCCUCGGCGUCUGCACGUCCACUUCGUCUUAAGCAAAUACGCGGCGGAUAGUGGGACACGAAUGAUGAGCGCGACGGCUCCCUCUGGCUGGAUGAAGCAGCUGCUUUGUUAUUUUUUUCCGUCUUUUACUGCCAUUGAGCUCUUCCCAAAACAAAACACGCAAAAGCAUCCUCCCUGGCCGACUGGCUGUGUCUGCUCACUUCUUUGCUGUCAAAUACCGUGAACGUGU